UUCCGUUCGCUCGCCGUCCCAUGGCUUGGUCCGAUCUCCCUGUAGAUCUCCUCGGUUCCAUCUCCUCCCACUUACCCAUUGUCGAUUUCCUCCGCUUCUCCGCUGUCUGCACCUCGUGGAAUUCGGCUCUUGCCAUCAACUCCCUUAUUCGAAUCCAGUGUCGUCCCUCCCCAUGGCUCCUUCUUCCCAACAAUGCCGGAGAGCCCUCCGACACACUCACAUUUCGUGAUCUUACCAUCAAAGAUAGCCGCAGCAGCCAUCACCGCUUCUCCUCCCUCAGUGAAAACAUCUCCGGCCGUUGCUGCAUUGGGUCCAAGGAUGGAUGGCUCGUGACAGUUGAUAUAAAGGACUUGCAACCUCGCCUCUUUAACCCCAUCACAAGGGCUGAAAUAUCCCUCCCAUCCCUCUUGACCAUCCCCGGAACUAAUGAGCAUCUUAUAAAGCCUGAAUACGCACCCGACGACUCUAUCGAUUCUUGUAUUAAUGGAAGUAAUUCAUACGUCACGGCCUACCAAAAACUUCUCGAUGUUUAUUUUCGAAAGAUAGUUCUCUCCUCUAAUAACUCGUCUGGAACUGCUGUUGUCAUCUACCGCCAUAAGAAAUCAUUAGCUUUGGCAAGGCCAGGUGAUCGGGCAUGGGUUUUGGGCCCUCUGCUACCUACUUACCGCGGGGAAUAUUAUAAUGACGAGUUUGAUGAUAUUUAUUAUAAUGAAGAAGAACAAAUGUUUUAUGUAAUCACACAUUUUUCAGCGAUGCUAGCCUUUGAUCAUAAUGGACAAAAUGCUAAAUUGAUAUGUCCAUUAAUGCAGGAACCGUAUUUCGAUGACUCUUAUCACAGAAACUAUAUUGUUUGUUUGUUUGGAACUCUUAUAAAAAUCGAGAUGAGCUAUUUUUAUUUCCGGGAUGUGAAUAACAAUAUUUGCCCACCGAAGUCAAUUAAUAUCAAUGUUUUUAAGUUUGAAUCAACCGGUGUUGCUUCAUCUUGCUCCAACUUUCAAUGGAUCCCCAUCAAGGAUUUGAAGGAUUGUUCCUUAUUUGUGGGAGGUAACCAGACAUUUUCAAUACAUCACACCAUUGCUCCCGAAAUUAGGCCAAAUUGUAUAUACUUCUCUGAUCAUUGGGAAGACUUCGAUCAUGAUGCUGGAGUCUUUGAUUUACCUAAUGACUGCUUUGAGUAUUUGCUGAACUCUUAUUCGACGACUAAUUUGCCCUCUUCAACAUGGUUUACACCAUCAUUUUCAUAA